UAAUGACUAACUCAUAAGUAAUCUGUGGUAUUAACAUAGCAAUAAGCAGAGAUUUUAGUCAGUUUACGAUUAUGUACAAAAAGAUUAUCUUUGUUUUUAAAACUUUAAACAAUAAUAAUCGAGACGUGCGUCCGCCGUCGUAAACAAAAAAGGAUUCUCUGAGGCAUUCUAAUCUCAAAUCAUAACACAGUAGAAAAAUGGUUGGUGAUCGUGAGCGAAGUAGACAUGGUAGCAUGGAAAGAAAGCGAAGUAGAAGUCGGGAACGCCAUCGAAGUCCAUUAUAUUAUAAAGAAACAAAAGCAAGUAACAGAAUCCGAGAGGAUAACAGAAAUAAACCUGAUCGUAACCGAGACCGAGAUGGAAGCAGAGAUCAAAAAAGAGGAAGGAGCUCGUUCAGAGGGGGUGAAAGUGGAGGUCUUGGAAGUGGGUUGGGCAGUGGAGGUCUGGCUGCAAGAGGUCGUUACAAACCUCAAGAAGAAGAGUUUCUGGAUGCACGGAGAGAAGAAAGGGAGAGAAUCGGUGAAGUUGGGGUUUCUUCUAUUUGGGGAAAAUCACCAUUGAGGCCUGAUUCUGAAGAAGAACCAGAUUCAAACUCGUCCGAAACGAGUAAGAAGAAGAAAAGCAAAAAGUCAAGCAAAGGGACAAAAGAGAAGUUGAAAAAAUUGAAGAAAAAGUUAAAGAAGGUAAAAAAAGCCCGUAAGAAAGCCAAAAAGAAACGAAGAAGCUCGAGCGAAGAUUCCAGCGCCGACGAGCAAGAGGUGUGGGUGGAGAAAGGCAAAGAGGAAGAGGCUAGGGCGGUCGUGGGCGACGAAAUCAUCGGUCCCGCGCCCCGUUCCGGCCCACAGCUCGGCCACAAGGACUUCGGACGGGCGCUGCUGCCGGGCGAGGGCGCCGCCAUGGCCGCCUUCGUCGCUGAGGGCAAGCGCAUCCCGCGUCGAGGCGAGAUCGGCCUCACCUCGGACGAGAUCGCCUCAUACGAAUCCGUCGGGUACGUCAUGAGCGGCAGCAGGCACCGCAGGAUGGAAGCGGUGCGAAUUCGCAAGGAGAACCAGAUCUACUCCGCGGACGAGAAGCGCGCGUUGGCAGCCUUCAGCAAGGAAGAGCGAGCCAAGAGGGAGAACCACAUACUGGCGCAGUUCCGAGAGGUGCUGCAGGCCAGGCAACGGUCGCAUCAUUGACCACGACAUGUGAAACAUUCACAAACAUAAAUAUAUUUCAAUGGCAAAACGACUCUCACCGUCCGGAAGAACGAACUGGAGUCUAAUGUAAAUAAAAGAAAUACGUUUUAAAAA